AUGCUUUGGUCUUCGUUUGCGGGCGAGCGUCGCGUCGUGUCGUGCGUGCAGUGGGUGCCCAACCGCCGCGGCGUGGUGGCGGUGGCCGUGACAGACCCCGCUGGCCACCAGGAGCGGCUGGCGCGCGCGGGGCGGCUGAGUGACGCGUACGUGCUGAUCUGGAACUUCAGGGACCCCAUCCACCCAGAGUGCGUCCUGGAGUGCCCCUACGAGGUUUUCUCAUUCCAGUUCAAUCCCGUCAACCCCGACAUCAUCGCGGGCGGCUGCUAUAACGGCCAGGCGAGUGCGCGCACCUGCGGCGCGCCCGGGCCGCCGCGGCCCAGCCGCAAACUCGCUGUGGUGGUGUGGGACCUGACAGAGGAGCACGACCGCAUCGCCCGCCGCCGCACCACCGCCCCGCGCAGCGGCAGCGGUGCCGGCGGCGGGGCCGGCGCCGAGGACGGCGGCGCGGGCGGCGGGGCGGCCGGGGACACGCCCGCCGUGCGGCACAGGCGAGCAUCUGCGGGCAGCGCGGGGUUCAUGUCUGCUGUCGAGGCGUCUCACUCCGCCCCCAUAUCGGACCUCCAGUGGCUCCCAGGCAUAGAGGUGGACCGCGCCGGCCGCGCCUUUCCCGUGCGCGCGGGCAGCGCGGGCACGAGCCACCAGAGCCUCGCGCGCAGCGGCACGCUCGGCGCCGCCGCGAUUGCGGCGCUGCAGGCGGGGUCGCCGGUGCCUAGGGAGUGCUGCUUCUGCGCGACGCUGGCGGCGGACGGGCGAGUCAUGCUCUGGGACACGCGCGUCGAGAAGCUGCUCAAGCGGGGCGGGCGGCGCGUCGACGAGGCCGAGGUGGCGUGGAAGCCGAUGCACGUCGUGCACCUGCUAAACAUGCACGGCGUCGACUUUGCCGGCGCGCGGCUGUGCUUCGACUUCCACGACCUGGUGGCGGGCGGCUUCCUGGCAGCUUCCCACGACGGCCAGAUCCUUGGGGGCACCUUUGUGAAGGCCCUGGGGGACAACCCUGAGUACAGCAGGUACUGCCACGCGCCCCACGCGGGCCCCAUCGUGGCGCUCGCCAGGAGCCCCUUCAUCGACGGGCUGGUCGCCUCCGUCGGCGACUGGUGCUUCAAGCUGUGGCUGGGAGACGCGCAGACGCCGCUCUUCUCGUCCCCCUUUGCAGAGGAGGUCUACACAGCAG